AAGUGGUUCAUUUGGUCGAUGCAGAAGAUUGGUCUAGCGAGUCAUCUGAAGGUCUUUCCUGAGAAUGGAGUUUGCAAGGGCCAGUUGACGAUGCAGCUCAAGCGUCUUCGGGAGACUCAGGAAUCACUUACCUGGCCUUGAAAUAGUGAUGACCUACCUGUUGUUUCAUUCGAGAGUCACCAGGCAAUCGCUGAAACGUCCUCUUAUCCUCAUUUCGGGUUUCAUUCACGAUGUUUCGAUGUUCAUGGAUGAGCACCCAAGUGGCCUCCACCUCCUUGUCAAAUUUAUCGGCAAGGAUACGACUACUGCUUUCUUCGGUGAUAUGUAUGACCACUCGAACGCGGCUCACAACAGUCUCGCUAUGAAACGCGUGGGUGUACUCCACGGCGGACAUCCUCACGUCCUGAACAUCGUGAAACGAAUUCCGCAGUCAACAGUUGAAAAUUGCACGGUACAACGAAUUGAGCUCCAACUAUGCUAGCACCCACCGCAUGGAGUGGUGAGGAAAAGCCAGCGAAAGGUACUCCGGUUAAGAAGCUCUAGAUGUGGAAAUGGCAGGUCCUAGGCCUCAUGCCUCAUUGUUAAACGUUUUUACCUGUCCUCGUUUCCCCGAUAUUAGACUGAUUCGCUGAC